AUGACGAAUGCGUUGAGUGGGAUGCCUAGCCCCUUCCGCGCAACUAGCUUCCUACAACGUCUGCGGCAGUCCUUCAGGCUAGAAGGACCUAGGCGAGACGGCGGCGAAUCUUGCGGCACGGCAGAUGCCAGAAAGAAGGACCAUUCUAAAUGGUCGCUGCCUCGAUAUGGGACUUUGCGCAGAUCUUCUUCGAAGGGACCCCCACCAACCCUGCUAGCAGCCCGACAGCGGGACACAAGCCCACGAGGGAAACCUGGAAGUCCACAGGCAAGUGAUGCCAAGGAGGCACAGGUUCCUGGUAGUGCGACGAGGCCUGCCGCAAGAGCUGGCGCAGGUCAUCGAAAGCAGCAGGUUCAGUUUGCUUCAGUGGAUGGGGACUGUGACACGUCUUUGCCUGGUGGCUUUAGAAAAAGCCGAAGAACCAGGACAAUACACACAUGGCUAGGUGCAAUGUUAGAUGCCUCUGAGGGCGGACUUGAUGCUACGAUUGAGCCAAGCUCACCGCUACCGUCUGGAAAGUCUUCGAGGUCUCUGCGCACGCCAGGUGAUGCUUCGGCAAGAUCAAUGGGCUUGUGCAGCCCACCAGGCAGCCCAACGACUGACACAGUCACGAGCAUCAUCACACUACUCAGAGAGUAUUUCUUUACGAACGUGGAUUUCGAUGGUUCGGGACACCUCUCGCGCCAGGAUCUUUUUGACCACAUUCGAGAGCUUCUGGAGAAAGAUGCUGGCAAGGUUCUAACAGAUGAUGAUCUGGAGCUCCUGGGUGAAGUGGAGAGAUGUCGUUUCUCAGAAAUGGACCUAGGUCUUGAAGGCCAACAGGGCUUGGGUGUCUACGAAUGGGUUCACUUCAUCAUGCUGCGUGCAUCGGCUCCCAGCCAUGUGGCAGCCAAGCACCUGAACCGAGACCUUAGAACUGCUCUGGAAGAUGAACCUGAGCUUCUCAAACGGUUGCAUGCUACUUUUGAGGCAGCAGAUUCUGAAGGCGAUGGGUUGCUGCGAAGGGACGUGUGGCAGCAGGCGUUUGAACCACUCGGAGUGCAAGCACCAGAGCAGGCCGACUUUGACAGAGAAGAAGAUAGUUUGGCAGGGGCACUGAGCUACUACGAGUUCGUUGCCCAUGCAUUGGGCUUGAAGGCCUCGGUUGUGGAGCUUGCCCUUUACGAUCUCUCCAAGGGCGUGGCUCAAUGGGUACCUGCAUCGCUACUCGGGGGACACAGCUUUGAUGGCGUGUGGCAUUCUGGGCUUCGUGUCUUUGGCAAGGAGUUCUGGUUUGGCGGAGUUAUCUUGGAGUCUGAGUUCACAGACGUGCCAUUUGGUGCACCAACCCGGAUAUUGAGGCUCGGGACAACCCUUCGCACACACGAAGAUUUGGUUGAGUUUUUGAAGGAGGACGUUUAUGUAGAUUACAACCCAAAAAGCUAUGACGUUCUUCGGCGCAACUGUAAUCACUUCUCGAACGAGCUGGCACAAUUCUUGCUUCAUGGCAAACAGCUUCCUGAAGAAGUCCUCUUGCAGCCAGAGUGGGUGAAGAACGCCCUUCUGGUCAGCAUCUUUCAUCCUGCCUUGAACCGCUGGCUUGGUGGAUUCGGUGAUGCCUUGACAGGCCGCGAGGGAUAUGAUGGAGAUCUGCGAGCGCCGCAGGCCGUUAGCCGCAUUGACGACAUGACGGAGGAGUGGCGGCAUCGCCUUCAGGUAGGAGAUCUUGUGAUGCAUCGGCGGCGCUUCAUUGAUCGACCACGCGUAGCCCGCCUGCUGUACAUUUCCGGCCCGGACGAAAGUGGACGGCACGUGGCAGAGAUCAAAUUCCUGAGGCCGACAGCUGUGGAGAGAUUGGAGGACCUCUCAAUAGAGUCACCUCCGUGGGCAUGGGAGAUUGUUAGAGAAUCAGACGUGCCUCUGCGCCAGUUUUACCCAGUUCUUGAAGAUUCCGAAGGCGGAGCUCGCAUUCUUAGAGCCGGAAUGGCCAUCCGAGACUCCAGGGCACGGCAGGUCUUGCGGAGAUCUCGCGAGUUUCCAGCACAGCCGGCUUGUGCAAAGGGACAUCCAUUGAAGUAUCAGGAGGGUCCCGGCCAUUGGUGGGCUUCACUUCGAGCAUGCUCGAUUUGUGCCAGCUCUUUGCAGAGUUCAGAGCCACCACUCUUCUGUGCUCAGUGCAGUUUUGCUCUUUGCAGACGAUGCCGUGAUCAAGCCUCGCAGUUGCCGUCGGGCGGCGUGUUCACAGACAUGUUAACUCCAGAGCUUGCCAAAGCAUUGUUGCAGGACGAGAGUUGGCUGGCCUUCAAGUCGCGUUCUUAUUUUUUUAGGGCAGACCAUCAUUCGACUGGCGCAGUCGACAAAGCGAAAAUCAGUCGGGUAGAUGCCCGCGUGGCUGCGGAACUUGGAGUCAAACCGCUGGCAGAGAGUGAGCUCUUGAAGGAGCUUCAGCGGCUAGCACCGAAAACCAAGGGCAAAGCCUUGCAGCUGAAUGAGGCAAGCUUUCAGAGUUUUUUCGCAGCAGCACUAUCACGUGGCCUGAUGCUUCUGGCAUCUGGGAAAGAGUGGCGGCCAUGCAUCCGUAAGCGCUGCAAACCGCGUAACCGGACGCACAGUGCAAUUGCAGAUGAGAUUGAAGCCCACUUGCCGAAGGCAGUGGAUGGAUGCUAA